UGGAAUAUCAGAACCUAUGCUGGCCGUUGAACUUGAAGUUGACAUCAGCAUACAUGAUUAAAGCCUCGUCUAGCGCCACCCUCUACUCCUACAACGAGUCCAAGCUUUAUGUGAGGACGUCAAGCAGUCCCUUCAUUCGUGUAGGAGUACAUCCAAGAAGAACAAGAUGAAUUAUAAAGAUAACACAAGAAUUACGAAAAAAAUGAAGAACUUUCUUGCCCAAUCCUUCAGCAUCUCGUAUGCGAUCUUGCGGGUUGCCCUGAUCUUGGGCUACUGCAGGGUCAUGAACGUAUACGAGCCCUCGUACCCGCGCGACGAAAAUGCUAGUGUGCUUAUGAACAUAUUUAGAUACUAGUAGAUUAGCGUCCUAAAAAAUGAUGAGCAUGCUGAGUAGAUUAUACUCAUAGAAGACACAUUUCUGAUGCCGUCUUGGUCAUGAUAGAGGACCAAUUUAGCAACUACAGCUCAUGCUGUCCUCUCAGUCUUCUUAAAAUGUAAUUCAUCUAUCAAUUCCCUGUUGUCCUUUUUAGCUUGAAAGUGAGUUAGAAUUUCCCGAGUGAAAAUGAAUAUCUCGUGACUCCUCCUGCUGCUCCCCCAUGAACGAUGAUCAUAUCAAACGUCCUCACAACAUCAAAUUUUCAUGACCUCGCAUUUCCUUGCCGGCGUCGGCAUCAUCUUGCUCCUAGCUGUUUGGUCUUUCACGCCAUCAAAUGGACAAAACAUGUCUCUUCCGAGAGACCAGACAGAUGAGUGGAAAGGGUGGAUGCAGAUGGUCUUUAUCCUGUAUCAUUAUGUAUGCACAUGGGUUUUGUUGAGAGUCGGAGAUUGUUCAUUGUGACAUUAUAGACAUAGGUAUCAUACCUCCUGACAGUGCGACACAGUCAUGGAAGGCCUAUGAAACUAGUGCAGCAUCUUGUGGUAUUGUAGCAUACCUGAUAUUCGGAUUACAACCUGUGUCAACAAUAUAUUAGACAGUGACACUGUUCCUGUUUCUGUAACUUAUGUUUCAACGUUCCAUUUGAGCAGGAAUGAUCCACCUGCUGGCAUAGGCAUACGUAUAUUAGAUCCCCCGUCAGUACUAGCUUCGCUUCCACAAAUUCACGCCGUCCUUUCCCUCUCUUCACGCCUCUACCGAGCCCGGUUCGUGUACAAUUGGAUGCGGGUGUUUGUUUCGUCCUACAUGUUCCUUACCGGGUACGGCAACUUCCUAUUCUUCCAGAAAACCAAAGACUUCUAAGGCAACGAGGAUGAAUGCUAAUCCACUUAUGUCCGUCUUUAAUCUAAUAUGUUCGUCUUUAAUCUAAUAUGUUCGUAAAACUUUUUUCUGAAAUCUCCAAAUCCAAAUCCAAAAUGUAGUUGUGUACCAUGAGUGUAGGGAAUUCAUCUCCAAAGUCAUCUGGAAGAAAAUAACAAGAGGAAAAAGGGGCCCAGAUGAUCCCCGAGAUGAAUUGCCGAUGCCUCUAAUCUACUAUGUUCAUCUUUUUAAAUGUAGUUGUGUACAUGACGCGGAAGAUCCCUGAACUACCGGUGGAUGCACGCAACUACAAGGGUGAGUUUGGCUCUAAGAUUUCUCGUUGAAACGAGUAGCAAACGUGCUGUUGAGACUGAGCUUCUUUCCGGUUUUGCUCAGUCUGCUCGUGGCGAAUGAGGUCGGACUUGGAGAAGGAGGUCACGAAGAGCGUGGUACACUCAGAGGCCGAGAGGGAGGGCAGUCGGCACUUCUUAAAGAUUUUCGCUUAGCAGAAACUACCGACGUCUGGACGUUCUUUACGCCGCUGCAAGCGACACCCAUGAUGCAGAAUCUUGAGGAUGGCAUGGCCCUCUACUACGUUGUCCCGCUGCACAUCUACGGUUUCCUGCAGACUUAUGUCGUAUGCUAUCUGGUUUUUCGGUUACUACCACUUUUGAAGCAAAUGUGCUCGAGCAGGAGAAGUGCACAGGCAGAGGGGGAAGAACCACCACGACUACUAGGAGAAGUGCAGCGACUAGAUCAACAAAUGGCGUGUAUUCAAGAAGAUUCAGAAACUGAAAUAAGAGCACGUGAUCAAGUAUUUGCAUCAAAGGUAACAGAGGUUGUACCAUGCAGUACAACAAAAGAAGUCACGGAGGUACUAUGCGGUACAGCCAUUGUCUUGGUCGCAACUGCAUACACUUUUGGCGAUUUGUCUGGUCUGUUAGAAAAGGUACGAGGCCUAAAACUAGGACAAAAAGGAGGAACGGACUUCAACUACUUUACUGCAGAUGCGACGAAAAUAGGUGUUGCAACUACAACGGGAACGUCAACUACAUCGACAAUUACGCUCACUCCAGCGCAAAGAGAGAAACAGUUUCGACUUUCUCUCGACAGAUAUAGCGCACUUUCCGGUAUUGUUGUGGCAGCUUUACAACAACGCUUCACGGAACGGAGAAUGCCGAACAUGAAGAUCUUUGAAGCUGUAUUUGGAAGUCGUGGGACUUGUUGGACCUGUUUUUGUUUAUGGCUAUGGGAAAUGUGGUUCUUACCCUUACCGAAUAGUUUCUUGUUAGACACGAGCUCGAGUUGAAUUUUUUGGGGUAAAGAGUGAGUUGUUACGCAGCCCUCUAGAAAAAUUAUGUGGCUCCUCAAGGGCGUUUUAGUUGCUUACCUUGUCACGAAUUAUCGCAGAAUCCCCAUCAAAAUCAUGCCUCAUCUAAGAAUUUGCGCCCUAGUCGGCUCAAUGCUUCUAGCAACGUGGUAUGGAGUUUGGGGCUGCAUUGCGGAGAAGCGCGACUACAACAAGUUGCAUGCGGUUGGAGUCUUCUUUCCACCUAUUUUACGGCACAAUCUCUGACCAACACUAAUAAAGCAACUACUCCUUCACGGCGAUAAGCGGGGGAGUAUCCUAGUGUAGGAGGGGCUACUUAUGUUAGGCUAAGCCUCCAGAGGAUCAUGCCUGUGGAGGCCAUUUAUAGGCUAGGAGGUUAGAAGACGAGUACUAAUACCAGAGUAGUUUAUAGCACGCAUGGUGCAUGGAGUAGCAUGGAGUGCAUGGAGCGCAGAGCUUUAAGGGGCGCAAGAAGCUCCCCCUUUAGCUCCAUGCUACUCCAUGUGAUCCAUGCACUCCAUGCCAUGCGAGCUGUGAAACCUUAUAAAUUGCUCUGCUAUAAGUAGCGAAAACACAGGCGCUCCAACUAGAGAUACUAUCAAUGCUAGCGAAGAAGGAGCAGCAAACACAGAAGCUGCCCAUCGACGUCGCCACCGCUUCCUCCUCCUCCUUCUCCUCCUCUAUACCUCUUCUUCAUAUUCUCUUGGCUAUCUUCUUCUCCGAAAUGCGACUGUAAAGUUGCGCAGUGGGCAUUCCGCUAUCCUAGCGAAGAUUGGCCAAGCGUCUCUGGAAUUCUAUGUCUUGCAGUUUCACGUCCUGAUGUCGCGGAAUGUCCAACAUAUCCCUGCACUGCUCUCUUCGCCUCUCCUGAAUGCGGUGGUGACGUUAUGCUGGGAGGUUGUUUUCUUUGAUUUUGAGAUUACUACUAGCAACUCAGACCUACUUGUGCUUGAUGUGUGACUGUGAAGGAUAGAACUCUCACUUGUUUUUUCAGUCGUGAACGACCUAUGCUGUAUAAAGAAAUAUUACUUGAGUUUCUCACGCUGAAGCUAUACAACUAAAAGCACUCCCCGUCCUCUACUUACUCUUUCAUACACUGGCGGAAUCAUGCUUGUGUUAGCCAUGCACUUGCGCAGCGCAACGGCGGAGAUUGUGUCUGGAUUGCUGAGGUUGUGGUAGUACGUGGGAAGAAACUUAUUGAAAAUGUACAAUGAAAAUGAAUAUCAGAAGUCAUGACUGUGACCGAUUGUCUGCGAGAUUACACGUACCCGCAUGCAUGCAUGUAUGCAUGCAUCGAUUAGUAAAGCCGAAGGAAAGCUAAAGCUAAUGAAGCUCAAAAUCAAAAUUCAUUGAGCAUUUGUCCAUGUACACUAUUCCGCAUCGAAAUUCACUACUUGUCUCACCGAGUUUUUACUCGCCACAUACGAAACGAUGAUAUAGUGAUGCGGG